AUGCUUGCAUUUAUCGUUUUGCUAUUGAACCUAGUUAAGGGCGAACUCAAUAUGAUUGUACUUUUCUCUUCAAGCACACCUUCUUCAUUAUCAACAUAUUUCCUCUCAAAUCUUGAUAGCAGCUUAGGAAAUUCUGAUUUCUUCUUUGAUAUCUCAUUUUAUACCAUAACUCAAAGCUCUGCUUUGGAAAGCUAUAUUUUGCAAGACUUAACGAUGAUGGUAGAUGCUACUUAUGACAUGCUGCUUCAUCAUAAAAUUGAUUAUUUUUCCAAUUCAUCCAAAAUCCUGUGUCUUCAAAUUGAUGAAAAUUUCAAAAUUUCUGGAAAUUGGAUGUACUCUGUUCAUUCCAGCUUAAGUAACCAAAUCUUAACAGCCCAGGCUGCAACUACUUAUUUUUCAUGGACAAGAUUAUACGUGCUUGCAAAUAAAUAGCCUAUGAAUGAGUCAAGUUUAAAUAUGGAAAGCCGUAUGGAAUUCCUUAGUGGCUAUUCAUAAUAAGCUAGUGUAGCUGUUAUAUCUUCAGAUGAUGUACAAUCCAUCCAAUUAGAAGACAGCUUUUAUAUCUCCAAUAAAGAAUUGAUUGAUAUGAGGAUGGCGAUUUCAAGUUCGCUGACUCAAGCUGAUGUUGAUAAUAUGAUAGGAAAGCAAAUAAAGCCGAAUGGAAUCUCUAUGUUCGUUUCUUUUUCGAAGGGAACAACAAACACUUUAGUUUUGAACUCACUUCAAUCAAAAAAAGUUUAUAAAAAAGGGUCUGGAGUUUUAUUAUCAGGCAGAGGUAUGCUAGGAGCAACGAUACCUGAUGGAUGCCUGAUUUAUGCUGAGAAGGGACUAGAAUCUGCCACAUCUACUGAAAUGUAUGAAGUUUUGGCUAUACAACAAUUCACAAAUCUCAUAAAACAGCUGAAAAGUACAGCCUUAGUUGUGAGUGCAUAUGAAAUUAAAACAGCAUUUGACACCAUUUCGCUCGAACAGUACCGAUAUCCUAUUUAUACCUUACUCCCCUCCCAUCCUUGAUCGAACGAUUGACUGUAAAAAUUCCUAAAAAUUAGGUAUAUUAACCCCUUGGUCAAACCUGGCUGGCUCUAUCUGACUCUACUGGCUCUAUCAGGCAGUAAGGCUCUACUGGCUCUAUAUGGCAGUCUGGCAGUUCGGCUCUACUGGCUCUACCGGCUCUACCUGGCAGUCUGUCUCUAUGACUCUACUUGGCAGUCUGGAAGUCUGGGUCUACCUGGCAGCCUGGCAGUCUGGCAGUCAGGCACUACUAGCUCUACCGGCUCUACCUGGCAGUAUGGCUCUACCUGGCAGCCUUGCAGCCUUGCAGUCUGGCAGUCCGGAUCUAUCUGGGUCUACUGACUCUACCUGGCAGUCCGGCUCUAUGGCUCUAUGGCUCUAUGGCUCGAUCUGGCAGUCUGGCAGUCCGGCAGUCUGGGACUACCUGGGUCUACUGGCUCUACCUGGCAGUAAGGCUCUACCAAAAACAAAAUAUUAUUUACUACAGAAUCAUUUUAAAUCAAAAUUUAAAGAUAUUUAUUAGCAAUAGACUGAAAACAGUGAAAUCAUAAUUAAAAUAUGGCGUCUUCGUCUAGAUAUGGCCUCACGGCCAUACAUCCUCGACUCAUAUUUUAAUUAUAUCCGGCAAGGUUUUUCUAGCCUUGAAAAGGACAGUAAUGCUAUGGUGAUCAAUUUCUGCAGGAGGCAGAGACUAGCUCAAGUCCAACUUCGAGACUGGUUUUUACCUCGAAGGAAAGGAGGGUUCAGAUUUGGAAAGAGCCACCCAGCAAGGUCUACAGGUAAUACCUAGACCAAUCGGGCAACUGCCUAGCGUGAAACUGGGCGUUACGUUCCAAGAUCUGGACUUCACCCUUUUGCCUACAGGCUACCAGAAAUUCCAUUUUUUGGGAUUUCGGAAUGCCAAUUUCGUAUUCUCUCAGCCUCAGAAGGUCGCACAAACCCAUGGACGGCAAUGCUAGGUAGCCAAUUCUGCAGGAGGCAGAGCUAGCCCAAGUCCAACUUCGAGGCUGGUUUUUACCUCGAAGGAAAGGAGGGUUCAGAUUUGGAAAGGGCAAGCCCAGCAAGGUUUACAGAUAAUUCCUAGACCAAUCGGGCAACUCUAGCGUGAAACUGGGCGUUACGUCCCAGGAUCUGGAUUUAACCCUUUUGCCGACAGGCUACCAGAAAUUCCAUUUUUUUGGGAUUUCGGAAUCCCAACCUCGUAUUCCACAGCCUCAGGAGGCCCCACAAACCCGUAGCCUGCCUCUCAACACUGGAGCCUUUUACAAGAGGCAAGGAGGAGACUGGACGGAAGGAAGGUCGCAAAGCGGGUGAAUCCCCCAAGGGAUCCUUGAUGAUUGCGUAUCGAAUAAGAUAAUAAGAUUCAGUCAUAAGAGUUAAAUUUUAUAUUAGAAUUGUUUUAUGAUUUAUCUAUAGUUAUAAAAAAAAAUUAUAGCAGAACUGAUUUUUUAAUUUUAAUAUAAUAAUAAUAUUUGAAAUUAGUGAAGAGUCCUAGCUGGCUGAACCUUAUUUUUAUCUGAGCAAAUGGCCUUCCUUAUUUAUAAAAGACAUCUAAAUUAUAAAGCAUGAUUGGAAUUUAAUGAGUAGAGCCAGUAGACCCUGGUAGAGCCAGUAGACCCAGGUAGAGCCAGACUGUCAGACUGCCAAACUGCCAGGUAGAGCCAGACUGCCAUAUAGAUCCAGUAGAGCUGGUAGAGCCAGACUGCCAUAUAGACCCAGGUAGAGCCAGUAGAGCCGGUAGAGUUAGACUGCCAUAUAGACCCAGUAGAGCCAGUAGUGCCAUACUGCCAGACUUCCAGUAGACCCUGGUAGAGCCGAUAGAGCCAAUAGAGCCGGACUGCCAGACUGCCAGGUAGAGUCUUACUACCAGAUAGAGCCAUAGAGCCUGAUAGAGCCAGCCAGGUUUGACCAACCCCUAUCCUUCAUCGAACGAUUUUGAUAUCAUGCAAAUUUUUAUAUAUAUAAAAAUAUAUUAUUUAUCAAAAGCUUGGGAGAUGCGCCUAAUGAAGUUGUUGUCAGAGGCUUUGAGACGACAGAAAAGCUACGGAAUCAACCAUCCGAAGUGCUUUAGUUAUCAGCCUAGGCUUAAAAAAAACUCAAUAAUCUAGAAAAUAGAGAUUUUUUUAAAAUUUAAAAUCUUUAAUUCAAUAAGGAACAAUUAAAAUUUAUACAGUUUAAAGGGUAACCAAAAAAUAAAAAUAUUAAAAAUUGGUAUUCUUAUGAAAUUUGAUUCAACUUUUUGCUGUAAAAAUAACUAUUAAAUACUCUUAACUCUUAUUUACAAAUAUAUAAAAAAAACAUAUAUCGUUAUUUGCAGAUUUUUGAACUUUACCACCUAAAUGUGGAAGUUUUUCCGCGUUUGAAAAGGUGAUUUCACGUGUGGAGCCCUUUUGAUUUCACAUGUGGAAUCCUCUUUCACACGCGGAAAAAAAAUUCCACACUUAGGUGGUAAAGUUCAAAAAUCUGCAAAUAACGAUAUUUUAUUUUAUAUAUAAUUUUUUUUUUCCAAAAACUUUUUUUAACCCCCAUCCUUGAUCGAACGACGGCGAGCCGUUCGAUCAAGGAUGGGGGAGUUAAUAAACAUAUACAAUCAAGCAAGAGUUGCUCGAGGUUCUAUUAAAAAUGGAAAACUUUCUUUUACAGAUACCGGCAUCAUAUUCCCGGGGAACACAACCGUUUAUCCAAUAAAUUCAAAAGCAUCUGUUAGCUUUGGAAUGGCAUAUGGAAUUAAUGAGCCUGGAUCAACCUCUACAAAUCCUUAUGUUAUAUCUUCAAGGGGUGGGGCUGUAUAUGGGAUAGUUAGGGCUAAUCAAGAUCCAACGCUACUGCCUAACUUUAACAUCAGCUUUAUCCCUACAAAUUGUGGAAAUCAAUUAUAUGUUCACGAUAUAACUAAAGCAUGCUAUACUCCUUAUGUCGACAAGCUUGGAAUUGCUUAUUUAGGGACCCAAUACACUGCCUCUAGUCAAGGAAUUAUUACAGUUUUUCGAGAACUUGGAAUAAAAAUCCCUUAUCUUACAGAUCAGGCUUCAGGGUAUAUACUUUCCAAUAAAACCCAAUAUCCGGAGUUUAUGAGAAUAUUGGCUCCAACUACUUAUAAUGCAAAAAUCAUGGUGAACAUUAUGAAUAUUUUUGGAUGGAAAAAGGUGGCUGUCGCCUACAGUAAUGAUUCUAGUACGAAUUACUACAAUUAUCUCUCAUUCAAGUCUGAAUGCGAUACUUUAGGAAUAACAAUUAUAAAUGAUGAAGAAUCAAGGGCAUUUCCAGCUUACUAUUCACAAGAUAUGUAUGCAAAUUACUCAGCUAAAUUCCAAAAAAUAAAAGACACAAGAGCGAGGAUUAUAAUCCCGAUUUUCAACACAGUAAGUAUGUGGCCAUGAUAUGAAGGAUUAUAUGACAUUGGCUUUAGGGCAGGCGACAUAAUGUCUAUUAGCAUGAAUUAUGCUGGAGGAAUGAAUCUUUUAACUGACUCUACCCUAACAGAAGAAAGAAGAUUAAAAAGAGAAGUCAUCAUGCUGGGAAUUAUAACGACUGCAAAUCAGGAAUAUGUUGGGACAUAUGGGCUUCAAAUCAAGAAUGAAUUAAAAAGUUAUUAUAAUGGUGCAGACCCAUCAUACAAAUGCUUGGCGUUCGAUGCUUGCAUGCUUAUCCUGAAUGGAUUAAAGUAUGCAGUUGAUAAAGGAGAUGAUUAUGAAGAUCCAGCAAUUAUGAACAAAGCAAUGAGACUUGCAUACUUUACUGGAUGCUCAGGUGUAGUUUCAGUUGAUAGCGCUUCAAAUAAUCGUAAUGGUCUCGCUAUAUCUAUAUUCAACAUUCAGAUUAAUAAUACAGGAGUGUACAAGAAUGGGAUGCCUCCGUUCAUAGAGCCUCAGAUUGGAUUGUAUAAUCCUACUUCUAGCACAGCUAUGGAAAUAUCUGGUACAAUUAUUUAUCCUGGAAACACUACCAAAACUCCAUCAGAUACAAGGCCAAAACCAGAUUGUCCAUUUGAAGACAGUGAAAAACGGACAUCACAUUCAGGCCAAGGACUGCUCUUUGCCAUCUGUUUUACACUUUGCGUUGUUACUUUAGCGAUUACUGCUUUUAUCUGGAAUAAGUGAUGGAAAAAAUCAGUUCCUGCACUUAAGGAAAGUAGAGAAAUAACUUUUGGUGACUAUAUGACGAUGGGAUUUGUUAUUAUUGAAUUUUUCCAAUAUUUAGCUAUGGGGCCAAGAUUUCAAGGUAAUGUUAUAAUUGACGUAUUAAGUCAAAGCUUGUCUGUGAAUAUGGAUGAUCUGAUUGAUUUUAAAAAUACCGCUUUUUGGAUAGCCUUAUACGUGGUUUAUGGAUUAUGCGGAGGAUGGUUUAUCAUGGGUUUCAUAAUAAUUUUUAGAAUAGAUAUCAGACUAGAAAACGUGUUUUUCUUUAGAUGGCUAGGGAUUUUUUCAGAGCAUUUAAUGCCUGUAAUUGGAAAUGUAUGCUUUUUGCCUAUUAUUGCGAUGCUAAUGAACGUAUUCCAAUGCACAGAAGGAACAAGCAAUAAAUUAACUGACAGUUUUCUUGAUAAAGAUUGCCACCAGUAUUGCUGGCAAGGAGAUCAUAUUGCUUUUGCAAUUUUUGCCAUCAUUGCAUUUUUCUUAUACUUGCCAUUUGCUGUAUUUUGCAGACCGCUAUGGCAAGAAAUGCAGGUUGCAAUAAAUAUCAAAGCAAAUCCUCUGUAUCUUAUGAUAAAAAGUGUUUUUCAGAUGUCUGCAGUUGUGCUAAAUAAGACAGUCAAACCUACGGAGCCUCACGCUCAUGGCUAUAUUUAUUUUGGAACUUUAAUUGCAUUUGCAGUAUUUUUAUAUUGGAAAAAACCAUAUAACUAUGGAAGAAUUAAUUUAUGGCAAAUAAUAGCCAUUAUGGGAGCUGCAUGGUCAAUAUUUUGGACAAGUGUGUACAAUAGUGCGACAGAAUCUACAUUUGUCCCUUGGCUAGUUUUACAAUUAAGUGGGUGGGCGAUAUUUCUUUUAAGUGGGGUUAUUUUACAAAAAAAAUAUUGCCCAAGCUACCUAUUUAGACCUAAGCCUAUAAGUCUUGCAGUUCUUGUGAAGUUUGCGUUUGGAAAGACAAUUUCUUCUGCUGAAAUAGAAAAGAAAACUCCCAACUUCGUGAAUAAAAAAUACAAAAUGGAGCCAUUGUCCAAGUUCGAUGAUACUACUACUCCUCAAGCUCCAUCCGUUAUGAUUGGAGGGAAAAAAGUUCAUGUCUCAAUGGACGACUCAGAAAGUGUUCUAAAUGAUAGAACUUUUAUUCGCACUGAACUCGAUACAACUAAGAAUUAUUAA